GCCGCUCUCUGUCCGAAGUGAAGGGAUGGAGGAAAGGGAGAGCAUGACCUUGGUGGUGUUGCACUAGUGUUAUUCGUGAAAAUGAUGGCAAGUAGCGACGAGGAGCUCAGUGUCCAUCAGAGGAUCAAGAUUCUCCUGGGCGGAGGUGUCAGCAAACACUUUGGAGUGAAGAAAGCUCACCGCAGAACCCACAGCAAACACAGGGAUCGGGAGGGGAGCCCAAAGAGAGGCAGCAAGGAGCAUCGGAGGCACAAAAAGGAACACAGACGACACGAGAAGGGCCAUCGGCGUCGGGAGGAGAAAGGUCAUCACCGUCAUCAUCGUGACGGAGGUGAUGACGAAGGCCGAAAGAGGAGCCAUCGGCAUCAUGGGAAGAGCAGGCGGCGCUCGCCCUACUCUCCCUCACCAGAGAGCCCGCAACCGAAACGCAACAGGAGGGACUGGUGGCCUGAGUCUGGAGGUGGUGACUUCCAUAGAGGGGGUGGUGGUGACUUUAGACCCUGGCAGGACAUCAGGAGUGCCGGCCAUCACCCCUUUCCUCACCCCUGGCUGCCCCACGAGCCCCCUCAAAGACCCCACAGCCAUGGGCCCUGCAUGCCCCCCAGGUUCGUUGGCAGCUCUGAUGCCGGCCCUGUGCCGGGCUGCUUCCCGGUGGCGGUGCGGAGCUUCAAGCACUUCCUGAUGUCCCUGGAGCCCAGCGUUGGCGAGGCAGAAGCGGCGCGGCGCUACAGCGACUACAAGGUCACCUUUGCCAGGGGACAGCUGGAGGAAUUCUUCCUGGCACACAAGGAUGAGGAGUGGUUCCGUCUCAGAUACCAUCCCAAGGAGGUCGAGCGAUGGGACGCGGAGAACCACAAGGCAUUGCAAAAGAGGCGUCGCGUCUUCAUGUACCUCUUGGAACAGGGCUGGUUUGAUCACGUCUCCCUCGAUACAGAGCAAAGCCUUGCCAUCAUCAAGAUAUUAGACGCAGUCAGGAUAAUGUUUGAGGGGGGAACUGAAUAUGACCUGCAAGUUCUGGAGGAGUCUGGAAAGAGAGAGGAAGAGGACACAAGACCCACUAACAGCCACACCACUAAAAGACUAGAGAAGGAAGAGGAAAAGAGUUCUAGAGUAGAGGAAGAGGAGAGGAUGAAGAAGAGGAAGGGUAAAGAGAAGGAGAGGCAGCACUCAGGGGAGAGCCAGGCACUGCCACUAAAGCAAGAUGGGGGUGUCAGCCAAGCUAUAGGAUGCCCAGAGCUCAGAAGUGCUACUCCCAGGGCAAAAUACAGAGUAGAUUCAGCAAUUGAGAUGAAGGGAGAGGAAAGAAGAGAAGAAAGCACAGAGAAGGGAGAGAAAAUGAGAGAUCGUGAGGAGAAAAAGGAGGAGAAAAUGCAGAAGAAGGUGGAGGGAAAAAGGGAUGAGGAGGAAAAGGAGGAGCAAGAGAGUGGAGAAGAGGAGAGAGAGUCCCAGCGGAACAGCCCACUGCCCCCACGAGCCCUCCACAAGACCCAGUCUCUAUUCUUAAGGAGCCUGCCCCCUACUAUCUGCAAGCAGGACAUAGUGAAUUUGUGUGGGAAGUACCCUGGCUUCCUGCGAGUGUGUCUUUCAGAGCCUAGUCCUGAGUUCAGGUUCUUCAGGCGAUGCUGGGUGACAUUUGACCACCAGACCAACGUGGAGAAGAUCUGUCUGGAGUUACAGGGCGCCAGAGUGUGUGAGUAUUACCUGCGUCCCCUGGUGCAUCGUGAGCUGUAUCGGCGUGUUCGCAUGGCCAACUGUAUCGUCCAGCACAGGACAAUACUGCAGGAACACAUCCGGCUCUCAGCCAAGAUCAUACACUCACUGGACACCAGGUGGACACUCUGGGGCCCAGAUGAGAAGAACCCCGUCCUAAAGAACGUGUCUCAUCAUCUGGUGGAGGAGGCCAGUGCUGAGGAGGAGGAGCUUACAGGGCAUGUGGGUGGAGCUAGCACUCAUGCUCAGGUUACCAUGGAGAGGGAUGAGAAACUGGUCAAGGUGCUGGACCGCCUGAUCCUGUACCUGCGUAUCGUCCACUCGGUGGAUUUCUAUGCUGCGUGCCAUCACCCCUUUGAAAGCCAGAUGCCCAGCUGCUGUGGCACCAUCCAUGCACGGGGACCGCUGCCACCCAAUAGGGUGCCCGCACAGCAAAUUGUGGAGUGGCAGAGGUGGUUUGGGUCUAGGUUGAGCCAUGUGCUGGGUGUGAAGGCCACCCUUGGGGAGGAAGAGGCGGAGAGGAUGGGACGCAAGGAGCCCCAGCAGGAACUGGACAAGUUCCUCAGGGCCAACACACGUGAGCUGGCCACCGACAAGUGGCAAUGCAGACUCUGUGACAAGAAGUUUAAGGGUGCUGACUUUGUGCGUAAGCAUGUGGCGUUGCGUCACCCUGAGCAGCAGGAUGAGGUGUGGAGAGAGGUCGUCUUCUUCAACAACUACCUCAUGGACCCCAAGAGGCCCCACCCACCCAUGGAGCACGCCCCGCCCCCAGGACCGCAUCCACCAGAACACGUAGGGGGCGGUCCAUCUGAUAGUAUGGGAGGGUUCCACCAGGCUGGUCAUCAAUUCUUCAACUACGACGGUACCUAUGGAGGAGAGGACCGUCAUCAUGGUUGGGGCAGAUCAGGACCCGAGAGGAGGCCUCAGGGCUACAGGCCACGGAAGUUUCAGUAUCAGGAUUGGGAUGUUCCCGAGGACGAUUUCUUCUAGAAGACGAUGCCAAACGCUAGGAAGGUGACACAUGAAGGAACACACCAUUAGUAGAGCGCUGUGUGUGUGUGUGUGUGUGUGUGUGUGUGUGUGUGUGUGUGUGUGUGUUUGUGUGUGUGUGUGUG